AUGUUUUCUCAUUGGUCGAAAAAUCAUAAUGGCCGAAUGAGAAUUCGUCUUUUGAUUGGCUAUUACGAAAAUCCGUUACAUUUUAAAAGUGUAAACAGAAUGCCAACCGAUUUGAUAUUAGUUGUGUUUUAUUUUAAUCAAGGAUAUUUAACGUGGGCCAUCGUAACUCUAGUUUUUAUAUUUGUGCCUUCCAUAAUAGUGAAUUUUUUCAGUUUAAGAUGGCACCUUAAUGAUAAUUCAUCCAAUAAAUAUAUAUUAAUUUUACAUAUUUUACUAUUAGGUUUAUUUCAAAGACAUGUAUGGAUUAUUAAAGCAGGGAUAAACGCUUACAAAUCUAAAAAUAAUUCAAAUAUUUUAAAUGUUUAUCUGGAACAAAGCGAUUUAUGUAUGUUGCAUUUGUUUGAAUCAUUUUUGGAAUCCAGUCCACAACUUGUAUUACAAGUUUAUCUAAUUGCAAAUUUAAACGAGUGGAAAAAUUGGACAGCCGUAUCUGCAAUAGCCUCUCUCUUUUCAUUAGCUUGGGCAUUAGCCAUGUAUACUAAAACUCAAAGACAAGCAAGACAAAUAAAAAAUUCAAGCACUUGGAAAGGACUUUUACUACAAGGAAUUUGGAGAACUGGAACAUUAGCUGCUAGAAUAACUGCCAUUGUUUUAGGUGCUUAUUAUUUUGGAAAUUACAUAUUUUUAUUAUUAACUAUUCAUUGGAUAGCCAUGACAAUUUGGAUAUUCUGUCAAAAGACUGAUUUUUGCGAAUCUUUUUGGGAAGAAAAAAUUUACAACAUGGUUGUCGGAGUUAUUUAUUGCUUUUGUUUUUUUAAUUUACAAGAAGGACGAUCACGUUGGAGAUUAUUUGCUUUCUAUCUAAUAACUGUUACAGAGAAUGUUGCUUGUUUGAUAUUAUUUUUGACAUUUGGAAACAACUCGUCAUACAAACUUAGUAUGUUUGGUGUGAUUGGAAUUAUUGGCGGAACAUUAAUUGGUACAGCUAGCAUGUUGUUUUAUUAUAAAUUUAACCAUCCAUCAGGACGUAUAACAUGCAUAUCUAAACAUCGAACACCUCAACAAGAAAAAAAUUUUUUUAAAUUGCCCACAACUCUUUGGUCUUUAAAACAAAUGCACAGCGAAAUUCGAAAUACCGUUUCAUUUAACAAACAAACAAAUUUAAAAAAUUCUUUUGAUCCUGUCAGUCCGACAUCAGACUCAAUUAUUAUCACUGAGGAAAACGAAGAAAGCAUAGAUAGUCAAUUUAAAAUUUUCAAGGAUUUUGAUAAAAAAAUUGACAAUCAAGUUAGCAAAGAAGAAAAAAACUGGGAAUCUUCUCCUGUGAAAAACCCUGAAAAACAAUUUUUAAACAAGCGAAAACCCAUUUGUUCAGAAUCAGAUUUGGCAAAAUUAUCUGAAUUUGCACAUUCACCGAGAACAUAUUCGGAAAGCACAUUAAAUUAUAAUGUUCAUACUCAGGAUAGACUUUUAUCACCUCUUUAUUAUGAAAAUCUCAGCACAAUACAAAAAGCAGAAGAAAUUGAAUCUUAUCAAUCGGAUAAUGAUUCAUCGUUUUUAAAAAAGUCACAAUUUAGUGAAAUGAAUUCGAAUGUAAUGUCAAACGACAGUAGUAAAAUUUGUUCCUUCGAUUCUAAAUUGGAUGAUAUUUUUAAAAAAUGUUCCAUUGAUACCUUAACAAUAACGUAUCCUUUAAGUUCAGUAAAAAGUUCAAACGACGAUUAUGAAAACGUAAAUGACAAUUUACAAAAAACUCCAGAAAAAAAAUAUAAAAACGAUCGCGUUAGUGCUCUGGUUGCCACCAUUGACGAAAUUCGUUAUAACACACCACCUUCGUCUAAAUCUCAAACCGUGACAAAUCCUAAAAAUUUAAAUAAUUCUACAAUUUAUAUUGAAAUGCCUAUAACGAGAAGUGAUUUUGACGACCAUCGUGACAUGUCAUUUACUCGUGACAUACAAUCAUCGAAUAACGAUAUGAAAAAAAUGAAUUUGAAGGGUCAUAAUUAG